GUAGUGGGCAGAAAACGGUCCAAUUCACAGUCACAAGUGAUUGCAAUGCCCAAAGCGGCCUCCUCGUCACCUUCUGCUUCUUCGACUUCAUCCCCUUCGUCAUCUUCAUUGGCCCGUCAACGGGAGAACCCCAGAAAACGGACACUGGUCCAAUACUACGUAACGUUACUUCCACUCAACGACACUUUCACCAAGAAACACUUGCCAGUGUCUACUUUUCCUGAAACAACUAAACUAGGGAGACCUACAGGAACCAAACAUAAGCCAGAUGUAACGAAUGGAUACUUUGAUUCACGAGUCUUGAGUAGAAAUCAUGCCCAGAUCUAUAUAGAUCCAUCUAACGGAAAGUUGAUGCUCCAGGACUUGGGUUCUUCCAACGGGACGUAUCUCAAUGAGUUGCGUUUGACUCAUGAACCAGUAGAGAUCAAGAUGGGUGAUAUCGUAUGUCUCGGUUUCAACGUCCAGGCUGAGUCCACCCAUAAGCAGAUCAGCUUGAAGAUCGACAACAUCAGCGUUAUCCCAAAUUCGACUUCAGGAUUAAGCUUCAACACCAAUAGCAAGAACGACAUGUCAUCCAAUCUCUUUUUGAAUAGAUCUGAGGCUCUCGACACUCCGGAAUUUAAGCACUUGAGCUUCAUAGAAGACAUAUAUCGCCAGAUGUCUAAUCCUGAGACAUCGAAUAACACCAAAAGCUCGUCAGAAGACAUGACUUUUGACAAUGCCUUGUUUGGCGAUAUCAAUCCCAAUUUGGAAGACAACCUACUUGGGUUGUAUUCAGCUACGAACUCCGGCAUCUACAACAAUUCCCAAAUAACGAACACGACCACACUAGAAAGCAUCGUAAACAUAUUGGUCUCCAGCCUGGUCAGGAUUAAACAGCAAAACAACUCACUCAUCAGCUUGGAGCAUUUUUUCACUAAUUACCAUUCACGACUAGAGGAAAUAAACUCACAGUACUUGGAGCUGCUGUUCAAGAAAAGUUUGCUCACAAUCCAGAAUGAUCUCAAGAAAGAAAAGAUCGGGCACCAGAAAGUAAAAGAAAAAUUCAAACUUUUGGAGGAUGAAAGCUCAAAGAAGCUAGAGACUCUACAAAAGAGAUUGAAAGCAACUGACAAAGAGAAAGAUAAUUUGAACAAGAUGAUCCAGGAGAUCAAGGAUAAAAAAGAAGAACUCAAGCUUGAAGUCGAAAAGGAA